AUGAUUCACAAUCAUUCAAGAACAUUCGUCUUAUGGCUAGUAUGGCUGGUUUCUACGACGACCACACUGGCAUUUUCUGCCAUUGCAAAUCUACAAUCAUCAUCCUCGUCUCAGGUUUCGUCACAGCCAAAACCAAUUCCGAUUACCAUCUUGUCGGGAUUUUUGGGAAGCGGAAAGACCACGCUGCUACAAAACUUGCUCAAAAAUAAGGAAGGUUUCAAGGUUGCCGUCGUCGUGAAUGAUGUAGCGUCAGUCAACAUUGACUCCAAAUUGGUGAAUCAUCAGAAUACUGCGGCUGGCGGCGGAGAUUCCACAAGCGAUGCCAUUUUGGAAUUGCAGAACGGAUGCGCCUGUUGUUCUCAAAGUGACGAAUUACUGAGCACUAUUGGGAAUCUAGUAACCCUGUCCGAUAUGCGACAGAAAGAACAUCAAUUUCAGCACAUUGUCGUGGAACUCUCCGGUGUGGCGGAUCCCAAACAAGUUCGGGCCAAAUUUCAAGAAGCCGCUUACAUGCAAAUGACGCUGAUGGAACGUGUACAGCUAGAUACGUUGGUGACUUUGAUAGAUGCCUCUGCCUUUGAAUCGCGAUUUGAAUCGACGGCGAUUGCAUCUCGCAAGGAAACCCCAGAACUCUAUUAUGAUGAUAAAGGGCCUGCGGAUGAAACGGAUGAUGAAAACCAACCUGAAAUGGAAGAUUGGAUGAAAGAAUUACCACCUCAGCUGUUGCAAGCCAUCACUGGACAGGGAAAUCAAGACGAAGGUAGUGGAGUUGCCGAUUUGCUCGUCAGUCAAACCGAAACUGCCGAUCUCAUUGUAUUGAACAAAUGUGAUUUAGUGACUGACGACAAACGAGUGGAACUCCAACAAGUUGUCUCGACGCUGAAUCCACAGGCGACUGUUUUGCAGACAUCCUUUGGCAAGUUGCCUGUAAAGCAAGUAUUGGGCUUUGCCAAAGGACAAGGUGCCGCCAUGUCGGGAGAUGUGGACGACCAUAGGGAUGCCGUCUAUGCUGCACAAGCAACCACCAUUGACUUAAGUGAUCAACUACAGGACGAACAGUCCAACUCCCAUAGUCAUGAUCACAGUCAUGCCAGCGAGAAGCAAACAGACAAAGGCCAAUCCCACGAUCAAGAUUGCGCCGAUCCCACCUGCACCGAUUCUAGUCAUUCUCACAGUCACAAGGAUCACGAUGAUUGCAAUGACCCAACCUGCACCGAUCCAAGUCAUACUCACAGUCAUGGCCACAAUGAUCAUGGGGAAUGCAACGAUCCAGGGUGCACCGAUCCAAGUCACAGCCAUAGUCACGACCAUGCGGCUGGAGAGACACAUGCUGGUAUUGGAUCCUUUGUGUACCGGGCCCGACGUCCCUUUCAUCCAGCUCGUCUGGUCGCAUUUCUACAACACAUGCCCGUGAUGCGGGGAAUCCCCGAACCUUAUUCCAAGGAAGAAGAUUCUGCCGAAAUUGUUAUGUCAAAUGGCGCCAAGAAGGUUCUCAAGGAUUGUCUCCGGUCCAAAGGGUUUGUAUGGAUCGCCAACUCACACUGCAGUGCAACCUUUUGGAGUCAUGCCGGAACUUCCUUUGAACUGUCAUGCCUGGGCCAAUGGUGGGCCACCUUGCCCCGGGAAAUGUGGCCGGAAGGUGUGGAGGAGUACGUCUUGGCUGACUUUGAUGAUCCCAAACACGAUGACACAACUAAUAGCGUUGGUGUUGGAGAUCGGCGCCAAGAAUUGGUAUUCAUUGGGAAUGAAUAUGCGCAAGCAACGAGCCAAGUCGAGAUUACCAAAGCGCUGAAUCAAUGUCUGCUGAGCGAUGACGAGUAUCAAGAGUACCAAGAGCUAUUGGAAUGUGAGGAUAAUGAAUCCGCAUUGCAAACCGCAUAUACUAGUACUUUGGAAGCCAAGGUCAUGGCCUUUUAA